GCCGGCCUAGCCGCAGGCCGCCUCAUGCAGGGCCGGUAGCAUAUGGUUAAAGGGUUAGAUUAGGUUUGUAGGGAAAAAAACUAAAAAUUUCCUGAAAAUACAAUAAUUUCCCAGAUCCUGCGGAAAUUUUCAUCCGUGGCUGUAAGGCCACGGCGGCCCACGGUGCACAACUCCACACUGUAAUUCCAAAGGUGUACCCAGAGAGGACGACAAAGGAGUAUGCCACAGAAACCAGAGCGACUGAAGUCGCCUUCUUGGCACACAUCGGACACCUUUGUCGUACUCUCACGAUACAUCUUUGUUUGCGUAGUAUGCUGAACAAUCACCAUGUAAUCCCCCUGAGCAGGUGCUUGGCCCGCAUCAUCUUGUGAUUGGUGAAAUAGUAGGUUUUGUGGCAGGUGUAAGCCGUGGGCUGUGAGCCCUAGGCCCAAGGAGUGCGGUCCGGUCCCCUCAGGAAGGCGCCUUUGAAGUCGCAUAGGAUGGCGUUUGCGAUGCUGCACCCAGUGUAAUCAAACUGCCACAACUGACUGCUCAGCGGCGGCGACUGUCAAGCGUAUUAUACACACAAAGGUGUGCCAAGGAGAGGGCGAGGGAGAUGUGUAUGCACAAAGGGCGACUUAGGUUACUCUGUUUUCUGUCGGAUACGCUAUUGUCGCCCUCUCCGGGUAUUACACAUUUGAAAUUAUACAGUGCCAGCUCUUGGCCUAGCUGAGGCCGCCUAGUCGGGUAGGCCGCCCUGACGCACGCCCGUGUAGCGGGCUGACCUAGCUGCAGGCUGAGGGCCGCCUGCCGGGUAGGCCACCGCGGAGCACGCCUGUGUAGCGGGCUGGCCUAGCUGCAGGCUGAGGGCCGCCUGCCGGGUAGGCCGCCGCGGGGCACGCCUGUGUAGCGGGCCGGCCUACCGACCAGGCGUCUCCCACAGACCCCUGGACGCGCGGAGACCCGCCCUGCUGCCCUCCGGAGGACGCCAGGCCGGGCGAGCGCCCGCCCGCGCUGCACCCCAACUGCCUCGGGCUGCUGCUGCCGCGCGGCGACCCGAUGGGCCGGUGCAUGGAGCUGGCGCGCUCGCUGGCCGGCCUGCGGGCCGACUGCAGCCUGGGCCCGCGGGCGCAGUUCAACCUCGUCACGGCCUACAUCGACGCCGGCACGGUGUACGGCUCCUCGUACCGCGCCACGGACGCGCUGCGGCAGCUGCGCGGCGGCCUCCUGCGGGAGCAGCAGCUGGACCACGGCGGCGAGGACCGCGACGAGGACGCCGCGCACCGGGAGACGGCCAUGCCCCCCAAGCUGGAGCACCCCGGCGACGGCUGCAUCGCCGACCAGCAGAACCCGGAGCCAUGCUUCCUCGCCGGUGACAACCGCGCCAACGAGCAGCUGGGGCUGACGGCGCUGCACGUGCUGCUGGUGCGCGAGCACAACCGGCUGGCGCGGGGCUUGGCGGCGCUCAACGCGCACUGGGACGACGAGCGCCUGUUCCAGGAGGUGCGCCACAUCCUGGCCGCCGUCACGCAGCACGUGUCCUUCAACGAGUUCCUGCCGCUGCUGCUGGGCCGGCGCGCCGUCAAGCGGUUCGGGCUGGCCCUGCUGGACAAGGGCGCCAGCGAGGCCUACAACGGCUCCCUGGACGCCUCCAUCCCGGACGCCUUCGCGACGGCCGCGUUCCGCUUCGGCCACUCGCUGCUGCCGGGCCGCCUCGAGCGGCGCGACGCCCAGCACCGCCUCCUCGGCGACAUGCCGCUGUUCGCUGCGCUGCAGCGCCCCUUCCCGCUGCGGCGCCACGGCUGGCUGGACCAGCUGCUGCUCGGCAUGGCCGGCCAGGCCGCCAGCCCGAUGGACGCCGAGGUGACGGCCCAGGUGCGCGACCACCUGUUCCAGCCGCCGGCGCGCUCCUUCGGCAAGGACCUGGCAGCCAUCAACCUGGCGCGCGCGCGCGAGCACGGCGUGCCCUCCUACAACCACUACCGCCAGCUGUGCGGGCUGCCGCCCGCGCGCACCUGGCCAGACCUGGCCGUCGUCGUCGGCAACGCCACCGCCGAGCUGCUGGCCGACCUCUUCGAGCAGCCGGACGACGUGGACCUCUGGUCGGCGGGCAUCGCAGAGCGCCCUGGCGCGUCGUCGGGCGGCCUGGUGGGGCCCACGUUCAGCUGCAUCAUCGGUCGCACCUUCCGCCACCUCCGGCGGGGCGACCGCUACUGGUACGAGGAGGCGGGCCAGGCGGGCUCUUUCAGCGCCGCGCAGCUCGCCGAGCUAAGGAAGGCCACCCUCGCCAGGCUCGUCUGCGACGCCGCCGUCGGCGUCCGCACCAUCCAGGCCCGUCCCAUGGAGCGCAGGCACGCCAAGCGGUGAGCAAAGCGUCGACGGUGAAAAGAC